AUGAGAACAUUCCAAUCACGACCAGAGAGGGACCUCCCCUACUCGGAUGAGUUCUCCUCUGCCGAGGAAUACAUCGAGAGCCUCCUCGACUUCACCACCAACUCAGAGACCUUUCGCUUCCUCUGCGGUGGUGUUCACAUAUUGGACUUUUUCACAACCGAACCCGGCGUCUUCGUUGCAGCUGUGCCCAAGGAAUGGCAAGCUUUUCUUCUGGAGAAGGAGCCAAUGGUUCUUCUCGAUUUUCUCAUGCGGGACGACCUGUCAUCUCUCUCACCCAACCGUGGCCCCGGCUCACCUCCCGAGUCGCUUGUUCGGUAUGUCAAGGACAUCAGAAAACAUUCGUUGAGACGGUCAUUUCAGCCUAGCAAGCCCAAGCUCCCCAUACUGCCCCGAUCAGUCGCCCUUGGUAUGAAAACAAAAAAGGUUCACGAAGUGACACAUUUUGCCGGGUACAUCGACAGGCUGGCCGAGGACAUUGCUGAGACCCGGGGCAAGGACUUGACUCACUUUGUCGACUUUGGCUCUGGUCAGAACUACUUGGGUCGUACUCUUGCAAGUCCACCUUACAACAAGCACAUUGUAGCAGUGGAGAGCAAAGAAGCCAACAUGGCUGGCGCCAAGGACCUCGAUAUCCUGUCAGGCUUGGCCGAGAAGGAGAAGCGAGUUCGGAACAAGAAGCUCUACCACCGGAUUCUAGAGGCCACGGAUCCGUCUCAGCAUAACGAUGAGGAGGCCUUGAAGCGGGUCGCAAGAGAACUCGGUGUGACAGACGAGGAGCUUGCCACGAUCGAUCUCAGAUCACGCAAGGAGAUGCAGGCCACGUAUACCGUCGAGGAGGGGAAGGGAACCAUCGAGUAUGUCGUCGGGCGCCUUGAGCACGCCGACCUGACUGGUGUUCUUUCGCAGCUGAGGGGUUGCGAGGAGGAGGUUGACCAAGACAAGCUCGCUAUGAUGGCGGUAUCCAUCCACUCUUGCGGGAACCUCUCGCAUUAUGGUAUUCGUUCCAUGGUGCUGAACCCAUGCAUCCACGCCGUAGCCAUUGUGGGCUGCUGUUACAACCUGAUGACGGAGAAGUUGGGUCCCCCUACUUUCAAGCCCCCGUUCGGUCGACCAAGUCUGCAGCCCAUCAAUGCUCGAGUUGCACGAGAAGCAGAGAAGCGAGACCCCCAGGGCUUCCCCAUGAGCGAGAGGGUGUCCACUUACAAUGAUGACGGGGUCCGACUGAAUAUCACCGCCCGCAUGAUGGCGUGUCAAGCGCCUCAGAACUGGACUGAGCAGGAAAGCAGCGGCUUCUUUACCCGCCAUUUCUACCGUGCGGUCCUCCAAAAGAUGUUUCUGGACAGGGGCGUCAUCUCGCGGAUCUAUCAUGGUGAAGAAACUGACCAGAGUGUCUUUAACACAAGCACCAACCCGGUGGUAAUCGGGUCCUUGAGGAAGCAGUGCUAUACCUCAUUCGCUGCCUAUGUCCGUGGAGCAAUUGCGAAGCUGACCACCAACUCCGAGUUCAGCCAAUACAACGAGGUCAUUACAGAGAAGAUGGGGAACAUCACGGACGAGGAAAUUGUUCGAUAUGAGGACGAGUUCCGAGAUCGGAAGAGAGAGCUCAGCGCCGUAUGGAGCUUGAUGGCCUUCAGCGCAUGCGUCGUAGAAUCCCUGAUUGUCACUGACCGCUAUCUCUUCUUGCGCGAGCACUCCGAUAUCGUCCAAGACUGCUGGGUCGAGACGGUUUUCAAUUACCGCGAGAGCCCCCGCAACCUGGUGGUGGUUGGCAUCAAGAGGUAA